CAAUCAAUUCAUUCACCAUUCUUUCCGUUCUGUCACUAAUCCUUAUACGAGAAAUUUUUACUAUUAAAUGAUAAAUGAAGAACUCGGAUUAGCCUUGGAAAAGAUGAAGGAGACCAAGAUUUGUUAUGAAACAAAUAUAAUUUGCUUCGGAAUUGCCACGCUAGUAUCUAUCCCAACACGAAUUGCAGACUGGGAUUAGUCUCAAGAGUGCUAUCAAGUUGCAAUCAUGGGUUAUUAUAAAUUAUUUUGGGUGACAUGUGGAGUAUUUGCCAUUUUACGUGAAAGUCAUGGACUAAAUUCUAAACUAGAUUUCGGAGAAGAUUCUAAACCCUCCCUAGUCAACAGUAAUCAGGGAAUUAUUCCAUUCAAAUACGAAAAUGUUCAUGUGAGCAAAAAAAAAACUGAUAAUCUUGACAACAUCGGUGUUGUAUGUACAAACAAUUGUGAUACUGCGAAAUCCAACUCAGGAAAACAAAUAGUUGAGACAGAUGUUGUGGUUAAAGUUAAAUCGACUGUGGAUAUCACAAACAGCACUAAAAAGCCUGAAGAAGUACCUGAUAUACCAAUUGUGUUAGGUACUAAAGGUGCUGGUGUUAAAAACAAUAAUUAUCCCAGCGUAGAAAGAGGGUUGCAUUAUGUUCCAGUUUCCAGGACAUUCCAGGAGAAUAAUGUUCAACUUGCGCCCAUUAACAUUGAAACUGCCUUUCCUUCUUUGAUGCCACUGCUGUCAGGAAAUCUUUAUGUGCACAAUAGACCUGCAGGGAUUGAAAUAAAGAUGAAGCCUUCUUCUGCUGGCAUAGUUUCUGUGCCAGAUGGCUAUGAAUAUAGGACGGACGGUUUGGAAAUCAAAGUUCCGUAUUUUGAACCAACAUACCAUAAACAUUACUUUGGAGAGAAUUCACCGCCACAAUACGCAUUUUAUCCGAAAAAAACUGUUCAUAAUCCUGUGGCAUUCAACAAUAUCGAAAGACCAACUUUCUCCUUUUCCACCUGGAACAGAAAUUAUCCUAGCAAUAAUCAAAAACACGCUGAGAAUUGCAAAUGCCAAAACCCAAAUGAUCAUGGUUUAAGAUGGUAUCCUAGUCAAGAUCCAUCGCAUAAUAACGUCCAAAGAAGGACAGAUGGAAGAAGUAAUCAUUUUGGGGUACAGAUUGACGACAAAAUAGAUGCUUUAAAUUGAAAUUCAAGAAAAUAAGGAGUAGAUGUGACCAAUCUUUUUUAUGAAUUCAACAAUAAUUACUAAACAAAACAUAUUUUAACUGUUUGCAGCAAGUUGUUUUGGAUAUUUAGAAAAAUCUUGAGAUUGGAUGAGAUUACAAUAUUUCUUCUAUAAAUAAAAUUGCUAACUAUAA